AUGCGCUUCUCUUUCUUUCCUCUGGCUGGGUUGCUGGCGACCGUCGGAGCCAGCCACAUUGGCGGCAGAGCCUUUGAUCGGUUCAUCUCCAUCUGGCUGGGAAACCAGGACUUUUCCAAAGUCGUCAAGGAUUCCCACAUUGCCGACCUGAAGAAAGAGGGGAUUCUCCUAUCGAACUACUAUGCGCAUACCCACCCCAGCCAGGCCAACUACAUUGCAGCUCUCGCCGGAGAUUACUUUGGCAUGAACCAUGACGAACCCGUGCGACUGCCAAUCAACGUGUCCACCAUCGUCGAUCUGCUCGAAUGGCGGGGACUGCCAUGGAAAGCCUACAUGGAAGACAUCCCCGGUCCGGGCUACUUGGCCGCAGCCAGUGACGGUCAAACUGGCCAUGGCAAGUGGGACUACGUCCGGAAACACAACCCUUUUGUGUCUUUCGACUCCAUUAACCUCAACGGGAGCCGGCUGCUCAACAUAGUAGGCUUCGACGACUGGAAGAUUGACUUUGAGAAGAAGCAAGUGCCUCAGUGGGCCUUCAUGUCCCCCAACAUGAUGAACGAUGGCCACAAUACAUCCAUGGAGUAUGCCACGAAGUGGGCGCACGACUUCUUGAAACCCAUGCUGGCGAAACACGCCUUCAAAGAGCGUACGCUGAUUCAGCUGACGUACGACGAAUCCGAAGACCAUGGGAAGCCGAACCAGAUAGUCUCACUAUUGCUAGGGAGCGCGAUACCUGCUUUCUCCAAGGGGACCGAGGACAAGACCUUCUACACCCACUAUUCGAUGCUAUCAACAGUCGAGUACAACUGGGAGACGCCGAACCUGGGACGGUAUGACGUGGGCGCCAACAUCUUCAAGUUCGCACAGGACCUCGGCAGCAAAGUCAUCGUCCCGAACAAGGACCCGCCCAACAUGGCUUCUGUUCAAAACACGGAGUCUUAUUUCGGGCCUCUCAACGGCGACGCCAGCCGUUUCCGCCCCUACCCACCCCCGAAUCUCGCCCUCAACGGGUCCAGCGGGUUGCCCAUCCUGGAGCACGUCCGCCUGCAAUGGGUCUACCACAACCAGCCGACCCCGUAUGAUGGGAGCGGCACUCUCUACGACGCCAACUUCCAGCCUCAGUACAUUCCACAACCCGUAUAG